UGGGUGUAACAAUCCAAGCCUUUUCUGCGCUCCUGGGCCGCUCGAUCUAGGCCUGUUUCGAGGGGGAGGAUGGUUCCAGGUUAGCAGCAACGAAACAGGUACUUUGAAGAGGAGACUGCUGUGUGGUUGCCGAGGUACAUAGUUUCCAGGCAACCAUCUAUGCCGCUGCCACAAACGCCGUCAUUGCCAGGCAGCUGCAUGGCAGAGGAGCUACAGGAAGCCGGGGAUGUUUACUGGCUGAAUUCCUUGGAGGGGGGGCACGCGUGUUUGCUGGUGGACACUUACGGCGACCUCGCGGACGGAGUCGCCUUGGAAGAGGCCUUUCUUCUCAUCGAGGUGGGCAGAACUGUGGCGAGCGUGGCUCAGACGACACCAGCAGAGUCUGCGCCGGCACCGCCACAAGCUGUCACGUCAUUUUCUCAAAACAACCUACCGCCAAACCAGCCGACGUUUUCGCUUCGGGUAUGCCGAGGGGAAGCAAACGCUUGCGGCGAACUCGUGGCGUUUCUGAAGAGGCUGAACGAGCUCAACAAUGGCGCCGGAAAAACCAGAACGAUCCCUGAGGAUGUCAGGCACAGCGGGAGCAACGGUAGCACGAAUUUCAGUGGCCCCAAACGCAGCAGAAACGCCAAGGUCAUCAACAAAGAAGGCAACGGGAUUCUUGGCAACGCUUUGGACGAGACUACCAAAGGCGACCUCAACAAGGUCGGGUCCCAGAACAUGUGCCUCCCAACAGAGCCAAGCACUACAGCUGCAAGAAGAAGAGCACACGCUAGUGACCCGACUCUCGCCACCUGUCGAGCAACAACAAGUAACCGUCGAAUAGAGCGCCAAAUUCAAAAUCAUAACGCGUACACCCCAAACGGGGUUCACGGCACAACGCAGGGGCAUUCAGCUUCCACGGAUCGCUCAUGUCCGCCACCCCCGCCACCGCCACCUCCGGGAGGGUUUUCCGGGCCGUCCGUGACAGCGGCGGGGCUACAAAAUCGUCGUGUCGGGGGCUAUCGAGGAACUUGUAUGUUGGGCAUUGGAAAGGACGACGAUCGAGGACCAGUUGCAAAGACGAAGCGACCCUCUCCCGCUGCCAUUGCCUCGGCUCCCGGUGGUGCUUCCCUGACCCCCUUUGCUGCUGUUGCCGCUGGAACGACGAAAAAUCAGACGAGGAACACGUCGUCGGCAGCACGGUCAAAUGUUCGGGUCGCUGUGUCUCCAAACUUGAAACGGGAUGCUGCUGUUGCAGUCACUGCUAUCGCUGCUCAUCCGCCUGCAAGUUCUGUGGGAACGAAGAGAGAAAUAGCAACGUCCGUACGACUAACGACGGGAACCGGUCGGGUUGGACCACUCUCACGCACCACCGAACGUGGCGAAGUUGGUAAUCGUCCUCGGAGCGGCGGAAAGGAGAUGCCGAACGCCCUGUCUCGAAAUAACGAGACCUGUGCAGGCAUCACAGAGGCCGGGAAGAGACGAGCGGGCCGGAGAGAUAUUCUGCGGUGGAUGGAUCGCCUAGGGGUUAAGGUCGAUUGGUCUUUGUUAGCGGGAGAGGGACCUCGCUGCCACCAUCGAUUCUCCAGCGGAGAAGUUUUGUGCGAACUGGCUGCGGCCGUCGACUACGCUGCUUCGGGCGGGCGGGGGUUGCCGCUGUCGGAGAUACCCUCGUGCCCGGGGCGCUUCGUCUUAAAGGGAACGUGUGGGGCGCCAGCAAAUGCCGCUAGGGCGAAGCACAAUGUUCGCUCGGCUCUAUCGGCGUUUGCCGCUCUAGGUGGCAUCGGUGGAACGUGGCUGCGUGGCGAGACGGCAAUACUCGAAGGGGACCACGAGGCGACGUGGGGUCUUAUCUAUGACGUGUACAAGAGGGUUAGGCGAGUGGAACCUCAACCGAUUCCGUUGCCCGCCCAUAUCAGCCGGGUAGCCAUCACACCCAAGGUGACUAAGGCGGAAAUAAAACCAACCGGAACAAGGGCGGAGCGAAGAAUUUCUGCUCCGGUACCCACUAGAAACGCCUCACUUGCGGGCCUCCCUUUCUCUACGCAACGGCCCCGCAACAGUUCGUCUGCGGGUGGGGUCAUCGCAAAGACGUGCCCACUUGAACAGUAUUUCACCGCAACAGCUAGUACCGUGGCUGCAAUCUCGAUUUCGCCGCGGUCGGCGGGGACUCAGGUCAUGAAGACCUGCGGCGAAAUCGUUGUUGCGAAGGAAGAUGCCGCAGCACGACUGGAAAGACAGUCGGUGACACCGGCUGAGGGAGCGCGGGCGUUCGAUGAAAACGUUUCGGCAUUCUCGGAGAAAAAGGACGGCAAGAGAAUCAUCUGCACCGCGGAAAGAGAAUUCAGUAUCACGGGUUGCUGUCCGUUAGCUUCGGGCAGAAACGCCUAUGGAAUGGACUUGCUUUUGGCCGGGGAAACGCGAGUUCCGUGCAGGACAAAGUACCUUGGAGUAGCAGCCCCGGCCCUCGUUGACUGCGCAGACAUGGACGAUGAGGACGACGAGGCAACUUGUGACCGAGUAGGUGGCACGCCAAUCAAAGAACCCAAGCAUUCAAAGAAGGAGGUGUUGCUUCCAGGUCCAGAGAAAGGAGUUCACCAUUCCGAUCUGAGGCAGGAUGGUUUGGACCUGGUUCUGGGAAACUCGCAUGUGUGUGAAAAAGCCGUUUCCGAGACCGAGAAAUGGCAUGAGUGGGACCCUACCGCCCGGGAUUCCACAGUAGCAGGGAUUUCUAGGAGAAUCUGGGGAGGAGGCCAAACGUCGCACGAUGAGGAUGUUGGUUGUGGAACUUGUGGGUGUGCGACCUCUUGGGACUGCAUUCUAGGCACCAGAGGACAGAACCCUCCACGACAAGCUGACAUCGGUGGCGCUGAUGCCGCUUUUGCUGAGUCCGUUGGCAGGAGGCAAUAUGCCUGUAACGGCCGCUCGCAGCAGCCAGAGGGUACUUCGUUCGCAUCAUAUGCAGCAGCUAGGCCAUGCUCGAAGGGAGGAACAGUAAGAUCAGCCGCCUUUGCAAAUGUCGUUGGAGCAAUCCCGAGCGACGAGCUAGCCACGUCACCAGAUUGUAGCAGAGGAAACCCCGUGACUGGUACACCACAAAGAUUGGCAAUGUUCGGCGGGUCGUGCUUGUCAACAGCAGAUCCAGCGGCAGCAAAAAAUUACCCCGGCGGCUUCGUCGGACUGGAGGGACGUAGCGCAACCAACGAGAACAACAACAUCGUGGGAUCAGUAGACGCCGACCAAACCAAAGGACCGAAACGCUUGGCGGCGAAAAUAUGCUCGUUCGAUUGUUGUCAUCGCAGAAUGACCACGUGUGGAUCAAGCUUUCAACUCCAGGGAAACGUGGGUGAAGAGAACCCUCAUGAAAUUCAGCGAUUGUUUCAGUUGGGUGUUAAACCUCGCGCCGUGCAAAAUUCUUGCGCGAUGGGGAGUAUUGCCGACAACUAUUCUGGAAGUCUAGAUAUCACCCAGAGCUCGAGCGUAGAAGGCAGAAAGUGCGAAAGAAAAACUGUGCACCCAUCGGUUUGUCUUCUGACGCCUUGUAGGAGCACCAGGUCAGGCCAUUCCGUUGCCGCAGGAGGUUUUUCAGAUCCGUUUGAAAGAAGUGCUGCCUCUGACCUGCUCCCGGUUGCCCACCGCGAGGUGGAUAUGACCCCAAGCGUUUUUUUCUAGACCGGCCUCUGCAACCUAGGUGUAAGUUGCCCAU